GCACCUGCCUAACAGGCUACACCUGUAGCUGCCCAGUGACGUCAAUCAACCAUCAUCUCCCGCCCCCGUGUGACAGCAGCCCUCUGAUUGGUCUUCCUUUCUGCACCUGUCAUGCCCCUCCUCCAAUCACACACCACCAGUACUACUCUCCAAGAUGGCGGCUUCCAUCGCUGUAUUUCGUUGCGCUCGAUUAAUAACUGUAAUAUAGCGGCGUUAAAAACAGUUAGUGUAAGUGUAGCGCUUCAGUCCGAAUCCAAGUGGGCUUGUCCUCUACGCCGGGGGCGAGUUUCCCCGGAUGGUGACUUGUUGCACGGAGCCGCGGUGAGAGCGAUCCUCGAGCAUGGCCAGCGAUAACAAGCUGCAGUUCUGGAGGAGAAGCGCCAAGGUUCCCGGAAGUCUGCAGCCGGUGUAUGGAGCACAACACCCCCCUCUAGACCCGCGAAUACACCGCCCGUUUCUCAAAGAGGCUUCAAAGACCAACGCCCUUUCCAUCAAGUCCAAGAAAGUCUCCAGCUUCCACGAGUUUGCACGGAGCACCAAUGACGCGUGGGACAUAGGCGAUGAUGAGGACGAGGACUUCCUCCCCCCAUCCACACCCCCUGUUCCCCAGCCCUCUGCCCCAGCAUCAUCCGCAAACCUCAGCAUGAGCGAGAGCCAGCUUGCAGACAGGCGGACGGUGGUGAAAGAGGAGGAUGGCCCAGGCAAGGUGAGGACUGGAAGCCAGCAGACCAACGGCAGGGUGGUCAAGUCCAACAGUGAAGCCCAGCUCAGUACAUCAGCAGUUCGCUCUCCCCUUCAGAAACAACAGUCCCUCCCGAUCCGUCCCAUCAUCCCGCUGGUCGCUCGUAUUUCGGACCAGAACGCCUCAGGAGCCCCGCCCAUGGCCGUACGGGAGAAGAGCCGCCUGGACAAGUUCCGGCAGCUUCUGGGCAGCCCUAACACCGACCUCGAGGAGCUCAGGAAGCACAGCUGGUCCGGAAUCCCCAGGGAGGUGCGGCCCAUUACCUGGAGACUUCUGUCGGGGUACCUACCUGCUAACAUGGAGCGGAGGGAGCUGGUCCUGAAGCGCAAGAGGGAGGAGUACUUUGGCUUCAUCGAGCAGUAUUACCACUCGAGAACGGACGAGCAUCACAGGGACACCUACAGGCAGAUCCAUAUUGAUAUUCCCAGGACGAACCCUCUGAUCCCGCUUUUCCAGCAGCCGUUGGUACAGGAGGUGUUUGAGAGGAUCCUGUUCAUUUGGGCAAUUCGUCACCCAGCCAGCGGCUAUGUGCAAGGCAUCAAUGACCUGGUCACUCCAUUCUUUGUGGUGUUCCUUUCUGAGUUUGUGGAGGAAGAUGUGGAGAACUUCGAUGUGUCGUCACUACCUCUGGAAAUACAGAGAAACAUCGAGGCAGACAGCUUCUGGUGCAUGAGCAAGCUUUUGGAUGGAAUACAGGAUAACUAUACUUUUGCUCAGCCUGGGAUCCAGAUCAAGGUCAAGGCCUUGGAGGAGCUGGUCAGCAGGAUUGAUGAGGAUGUGCACAGCCACUUCCAGAGGUACGAGGUGGAGUAUCUUCAGUUUGCUUUCCGGUGGAUGAACAACCUGCUGAUGCGGGAGCUACCCCUACGCUGCACCAUCCGCCUCUGGGACACGUAUCAGGCUGAAGCUGACGGGUUCUCCCACUUCCACCUGUACGUCUGUGCUGCAUUCCUGAUCGAGUGGCGCAAAGAGAUCCUGUCCAUGGUAGACUUCCAGGGUCUGCUCAUGCUGCUACAGAACUUACCCACAAUACACUGGGGCAAUGAGGAAGUGGGACUGCUGCUCGCGGAAGCCUACAGGCUCAAGUACAUGUUUGCCGAUGCACCCAACCAUUACCGGAGAUAAUGCACCAUCCACUGACUGUCUCCUGACACACAGAUGUGGACGCACGACGGUUUGUUUGCGUUCGGCAAGACGCUUGAUCAUUAGUCCACAUCUGCGUGCUGAGACAGACGCACAUGUAAGUGUGCAGACUAAUGCACGCAAAGGCUCAGUGAUUGAAUGACAAGUGACACAUUCGACUUUAUCCUCCCUAGUUUUGGCUUUGCCUCGACCCUCUGUGAAUGUCUGGUGUGAGUUUGAGUAAUUCCUCUGGACUGUAGGGUUCAUGCCUCAGACUCAAGCACCAGAAUCCCUCCACCUAUCUGUCUGUUACAAUAGAAACCAGCUGGAUGUUGGACUUCCCAAAGUCUUCAGCAGGACUGGGUGGCUGAGGGUUUACGGGCCACAAAGUGAGUGGGGUUUCUGAACAAUUGACUGACACUCACUGAUGCCUGUACGCGGAGGACAAAGCACAGUGACCACGAUAUGGCCGUUCCACCCAUCACCAACGAUGAAGCCUCUUGCAUGAUGAAUAGAUGGCUGAGAAACGGAGAGGAACGUGAGCGACAACAUGACUUAAUGAUGUUAUCCCUCAAGGGAAGGAGACAGAAAGGGAUGCUGAUGCUGUCAUUUUGGGUUUGGUGGCCCACUGUGUUUUGGAGCUCUGCUUUCUGGCCCGGUGCCCUUGGCUCCUACGCAAGUCCAUCCUCACCAGACUUGAUGCCCCUCUGCCUGGCAGCAGCAUUCUUUAUUGUGCUCACAUUUAAUGUUUGUCUGUUACAACGGAGCUGUCACGGUAUUCUUGACAGUAAAGCCCAGAGUCCAUCUAUGCCCAGUCUGCCAUAACAGCGGCGCAGAGCUUGCGUUAAAACAGCUGUCCCAGAUCCCUGCUGUGCAGGACAAGAGAUGGGCCACAGCUGUAGGAAUCACCUGUGCAGUUGUGUCAGACCCCCUGCUGCAGAGUACAGGAGGUGAUGUGCAAUUGCAAACCUCCUCUGGGCACCGCUCACCCUAAGGGAUUGUACCGUGUCCACCGAGUCUCCGCGCGCAACCUGUGAAUAUGGGGAUCAACGGCACCUGUUCUUAAAGGUGCAUCAUAGUAUUGUACAUCUAACUUAAACACUGAUCAAUGCAAAGGAACAUUGUUGAAGUGCUAGGUUCUCUUUCUGGGAGUAGUUGUUUAAAGACAAAAUUUUGGCUUGACUUUAACAACUUAUUUAUUUUUUUACCCUUCGGUU